CCGGUGACUCAUGUCUUCCCGCUCCACGAUGACAAAUUCCCAGACUCCAGGAAAUCCCCUUUCCUCGGGAAAGCCUGCUCCCGGUUCUUUCCCAUCCCCUGCCUCCAGCCCAUCUAACUUGGUACCCCGCAUCUUCCUUUCCCCGCCGGCAAACGGCCCCGGUCUCGCUCGCCACCGCCCCCUGGCGGCCGCGGCCGGGAAGGCAGCCGCGGGCCGGGAGUUCAAGGGCUCGCACCUCUGCCCAGCUGCACCCCGCGGUCCCCGCCCUUGGCAGCACCCGGCCCGCCCGCCCCUUCGCGCACCCGCCCUGCCGCCGCCCUCCCGCCGCAGCCUGGCCACAUCUGUCUCCGCCCGCCACUCCGAAGGACCAUGUCGAGGCUCAGCUGGGGCUACGACGAGCACAACGGUCCUAUUCAUUGGAAUCAAUUUUUCCCUAUUGCUGAUGGGGAUCAACAAUCUCCAAUUGAGAUUAAGACCAAAGAAGUGAAAUAUGAUUCUUCUCUUCGACCUCUUAGUAUAAAAUACGACGCCAGCUCAGCUAAGAUCAUCAGUAACAGCGGCCAUUCCUUCAACGUUGACUUCGAUGAUACGGAGGACAAAUCAGUUCUGCGUGGGGGUCCCCUCACCGGAAGCUACAGGUUACGGCAGUUUCAUCUUCACUGGGGAUCUGCUGAUGAUCACGGCUCAGAACAUGUGGUUGAUGGAGUCAGGUACGCAGCAGAGCUCCAUGUUGUCCACUGGAAUUCAGAAAAAUAUCCCAGCUUUGUUGAAGCAGCAAAUGAGCCGGAUGGAUUAGCUGUCUUGGGAGUAUUUUUACAGAUUGGUGAACAUAAUUCACAGUUGCAAAAGAUUACUGACAUUUUGGAUUCUAUUAAAGAAAAGGGCAAACAAACCCGAUUCACCAAUUUUGACCCAAUAUCUCUACUUCCUCCAUCCUGGGACUACUGGACAUAUCCUGGCUCUCUUACUGUCCCUCCUCUUCUUGAGAGUGUCACUUGGAUUGUUUUAAAACAACCGAUAAACAUCAGCUCUCAGCAGCUGGCCACGUUCCGGAGCCUUCUAUGUACCGCCGAAGGGGAAGCAGCGGCUUUUUUACUGAGCAAUCACCGCCCACCACAGCCUCUGAAGGGCAGGAAAGUGAGAGCCUCUUUCCUUUGAAUGUUGUCACCUGCAGACAACCCCAAGCGUGUCUGCGAAGAGAAAUAAAACAAAGCAAAACACAAAACAUCCUGCUAAGAGUUCUUUCCAGGAGCCCUUUUGCUCUCACCACAAAGAAGAUCAGAAACUUCUCGUUAAACGGACUUAACUGCUCCAUCUCAAUCAUGCUUGCUCUCACGGGUCUUGCAGCAGGUAACGUUUCAGUUCAUGAAUGUCUGUGACAUGCAUCCGAGGCUAUCUAUCUGAAAACAUCAGGAGCCUCGGAAUGGCUUCAAACUCCUUCCUUGCCCAGAAGACCGAAGUAGCCACAUUUCUCUGUUAUACUUGCUGAGAAAUUUAAAUUCAUUUUCACAGGAGUUUGGUACCUGUUUCUACAUCAGUGCUUUUGCUUAAUGUCUUGAUAUGAUCCCAUUUUAUAAAAAAGCAGAACAUAUUUUCUUGAAAAGUGAAUUAUUGUUUUCUGUUGCAAAUUCUCAUUCCAUAAAUGACACUUUUACUAAAAUGGCAGUAUGAAGGUUACAGGAGUGAGUGGGUAGGGGAUAGCUAGCUGGCGAGUACUCCAUAGCUUAAAAAAAUAAAACAAAAACAAACCAUACAAAUAUGGUAAGGAAUUCCUCAGGAGAGCUACUUAAAUUUUAAUGAAUUUGGCCACGUAUCAAAAUCCUAAGUAAUGGUUAUGACACCUGGCUAAUAAUUGACCAGAGGCAGUGCUUACCAAUUUAUGGCACUAAUAUGGUUUGAAAUGAAGAGAUUACAAGGUCCCACUUGAGGCCUAAGGGCAUGAUAUAUGGGUUGCUUAUGUUGGCCGCUCAGCAGAGCAGGCAGCCAGCAAUUCUGUGAGAGACUUGUUCUUUUAACUGGCGAAAAAAAAAAAAAAACAACAACAACCUUUCCUCUUGUAUCAAUAAUCCACACCCUUGGAUGCAAUUCUAUGGUAAAACUCAUCCUCUCUCUCUCUUUCUCUCUCUCUCUCUCUUUCUCUCUCUCUCAUUUAUUUCUCCUACAUAACUUUGUAAGAUCACUCUUGAUAUUAAUUUUAACCUAUUAUCUCAUGUAACUAUUUGUUUCUUUUUUGGAAAGAAGGAGGUGGGGGCACCUUGGCUCUUUCUUGAAGAAUAGAGCGACACUUAGCAUUAAAUUAAGGGCCACAUUUUCACUUGAACACUUGUAUUCUUCUGAAUAUUCUUCUGAAAGAAGUUUAACAGUUUCUUACCUUUGGCAAUUUGUUUUAGACACCUUUCUUCUUCUGGAUUUUUAAUCAUUAAACUUAUUUUGUAUAGAAUCCUUAUAGGGUAGCUGUGUAACAGUGACUGUGUAAUGAUGUCUGUGGUCAUAUAAGAUGGACUCUUGAGAAGUAAGGCUGAUGCCCCCGUGGGUUUUGUUUUCUGCAUUCAGGAUCUAGCUUGAAACCUGGCAGGAGACUGGCUUGUAGUAAAUACUUAAUGAAUUGAAUACUUAAAUAAUCUAUGUAAUAUUUUCAGUAAUUACCUGACCGCUUAUGAUCAAAUGUACUGUAUGUUAAUAUGUAACAAGUAAAAUCUUAUCUCUUGGAAAUUGUUUCUUCUUAAAGGAAUACCCCUGAAGUCUAACAAGUGUCGCCAGAAAUUUUCAUGAUUUGAAAAAAAAUCAGUGUUGAAUGGGAGAGUUUGGAAAGAUAUUUUGAGAAGUAAUUUUGUCAGAGAAAGAAGUUUGUAUUCUCAGAGAAUAUACAUUAGAAUAACUGGAGAGGCGUGUUGGGGGGAAUUCUAAUUUCUGAGCAUAAGAGUUACCAUUUCAUAAAUUAUGGUUUUUGCUACAAUAUUGCACCGGCUCCAUGCCACAAAUUGGAUUUUAGUAGACCAAAAAAAAAAAGUCUGCACAGUGCUGUUUUUCUUGAAGUUUGUCUGCUAAUUUAUUUAUCUCUUAGAGGUCAAAGGUCUAAGUGUGUGUUAAACUUGUUAUCUUUUGAAAGAUUAAAGAGUUGUAAAUGAAUCCCUUUUGUUUUUCAGAACAUGUAUUCUAUUUUUAUUUGCUCAGCAUUUGGAAUUUUAAGUUAAAUUGGAUCCAAUCACAAUAAUAAAACAAAGAGAGAGAAGCUUUGCACUGUAUCUGGUACUUGUUUAUGCAAGACACAGGAUGAGAUUACACUUUUAAGCUCUAAUUUAGAAAAUGAUUUCAAAUGCACAGAAAAGUUGUAGGCACCUUAACCCCCUUAACUCCCCUUCCAAAAACCUUUUUAUUUCCAGCCAGCCCUUUUUCCUGGUUUAUGAAUGAGUUGCUAAUUUCAUGUUUUACCAUCCCACAAUUUUUGUAUUUCCUGUAAACCAGGAUGUUGUCCUCUGUAAAAUAAUAUAGCUACAAUAGCCAUGAAAUUCAUAUUGCUUGAUUAUAUCAUAAAUUCAUUUGAGAACAAGUUGUUCACUUAGUUUC